AUGCAGGAUAAGUCCAGAAGUCCUCUGAGCGGAUGUGGGUACGAACAAGAUAAAAGUGUACUGCGCAGAAAGGAGUGGGAAAGGAGGAGUCAAGAAGUCCAGCCAAGUGAGGAUAUUUUUCUUGUCAAUUACCCCCUCUUCAGUGAGCCAUACAAGACUAACAAAGGAGAUGAGCUUUCAACUCGUAUCCAAAGUACACUUGGAAGCUAUGAUGAAAUGAAGGAGCUGUUAACAGAAAGAUCCCACCAAAGUAAUAUUGAUGGCAUUCCAAAGACUGACUCAGCAAACACACCCCGUGGGAAGAUAGAAGACCAUCUUCCUCAAAACUCCACAGAAAGCCAUUACUUGGUUUGUCACACUCUGCAAACAGGUAUAACAUCUUCAGCAACACCUGUACAGCUGAACAACAAAGCCAACAUGAGCUGGCAAUUAACCGGACAUUCCCUGAAGGGGCAGAAGGUGGGAAGCAAGACUGACCAAAGAAAGGCUACUUCUUCCAGUAGUGAUUUUAAGUGUGGACAUCAAAAACAUAUAAUUGACAAAAGCAAACAUUACAUGUUAAGUCCAGAAUCUUCUACAACCAAUGACCAUCAGCACAACCUAUUAAUAUGUGGAUUUGACAAACCCCUCAGUAGAAGGAUAACACAUUCAAAAUUGAAUUGCAAUAUAGACUUGGAUCUACCCAUCAAAGAGAAGUCUUGUAGCCAGAAUAACAAUAGUUUAAAUUCUUUGCAGAAUUUCCCUUCUUCUAUCGUGUCCAAGCUGAACCCUAUUCAGCAAAAGCCAACAGCUUAUGUACGUCCAAUGGAUGGCCAGGACCAGGCACCAAAUGAGUCACCAAAAUUGAAAUUACCAAAUGAACUGACUACAAUCUUGCCAAGAGGACUUUCUGGUAUGGCUGAUUCAGACAAGUUACAGGAUGAGAAAACAGAAACAUUUGUCAACCUCAGCCAAGAGGAUAAUGAUCACAGUGGCAUGGGAUUUAACAGUCCAAAACAUGAUGAUUUGAAGAUCCGAAGCCCAGCAGAUUGUUCAGCUCAAAUAUCAAUGCUUGAAGAUGACCUGAAAGUAAGCAGCGACGAGGAAGACUAUCAACAGCCAGCAACCCAGGGACAAGCCAUCGGAGUCCAAAGUGGCAGUGCUCACAGUGGUGAUACUCAGAAACACAGCAGUUCAGCGCCAGGAGUCUCCAUCAAAGGGUCAAGCAGCAGCUCAAGUGAAUCUGACACUAGCUCUGAAUCAGACUCAGAAACCGAGAGCAGUUCCAGUGAGAGUGAAAGCAGCACGCCAUCUGCUUGUACCAGCCCCGAGCCCGAACAGGCAACUUCAAAUAAAUGGCAGCUGGAUAAAUGGUUAAAUAAAGUAAAUCCUAACAAAAACACUAUUCUUAACCAUGGAAAGGGCCUGAAUCCCAGCGGAGUUCAUGAAAAUGAGCCAAGCUGCACAGAAGCAUCUAAAAUAUGUCAUCCAAGUCCAAAUCUCAAGGAUGACCGGAGCCCUAUCAAAGAGGAUCAAAGCCUGGGAGUAGUUUGUGCUGUGCAUGGGAGCAGAAGUGUGAAGCUGCAGUCAUCUCAUGGCGCACGUGCUGCUACAAUUGUUGUUGCCGUUCCUGCUGAAAGCACUUCUUGUAGGAGACCUAUAUGCAGAAAACUAACAAGAAGGGCAGAGAGGACAUCUAGUGAUGAUAAUCUGAACUGCCACAAGCCAGAUGAGACUUCUGUAAACCAAGGAAUUCCAGAGAAUGAAAUACCUGAGCAGGCCAAAAAUAGGUUAACUUGCAGUAGCAAGAGAUUGCAUAGAAAAGAACCAAGACCAGGUCUUCUUGGCUGUGAACUCAGGCGGACUCAAAUUACUAGAUCUGCCCCAAAAUUAAAGCAGGUCACUGAGUUUUUGGUGCAACCUUCAGAACCUGGCACAGAAACAGAAGUAGACACAUCACAGCUCUCUAAAACUUUCUCAGCGUCCCCAUCAGAAAACAACCACAGGAUCAAAGAGUGUGGGAAAAGUAAUAGCGUCUAUGGUAGUACAUGCAGUUCACACAGCUGUGUUAAUGAAAGGACUAGAAAUAACAUUGCACCAGAAACAGAAGAACAGUUUUAUACACUAGUUCCCUUUGGAAGAAAUGACAAUGUGUGCUCCUUAAAGGGAAAUGAGCAGAUCAAAUCACUGUGGGUCAGGAUUGAUUUAAAACUUUUGACCAGAUUUCCACAAAAUAUGCCCCAGGAAAAUCACAAUUUAAAUUCCAGUAUGGACAAGACACUCGUAGCAUCUCGGAAUGGAGAAUUACCUCCAGCAAUAGAUCACUCUGCUUUGAAAAUGCGUCGAAAGCGUAAGGUAGGAAUACAUGGUGCUGCAAAUUGUUGA